CUCCAAAUCACAAAUUGGAUGAUAAUAUGGGUUUGCUGCCUCAUUCACCAAAUCAAAAGCUAGUACGUUUCAUUUUGAUAGUGGAGAUGAGAGAUAGAGAUAUGAGGGCUGCUCGUACUUACAGACCAGUUUUUUCAUUAUCCUGGUUUCUAGUAGUGUUACUGGUAAUACCUUUGCUGGUGUUGCUGUUAAUCUUUCUGAUACAGCCUCUGAGUUCAAGCUCUUCAUCAUCAACUGCAACUUGGAUAGUUGAUCAUUCUAGUACUUCUGGAAAUUUUAGCUACUCUCUAGCUUUAACUGCAGCUCAAGAAUGGUCUCAACCUCCAGCUGAAGCUCCACUUACUAGUUUUUUAUAUGGUAGUCCAAGUCCUGCUCCUGCCCCUCAAAUAUCAACUGGGGCUAUACAAGUUGGUGGUUCUAGAAGAGUAAAAUCAUGGUGGAGCAUGAAGCUAGAUAAGCUAGAAGCAAGUUUGGGCAAAGCAAGGUCUUCCAUAAGAGAAGCAGCUGGUACAUCACUAGUACGACUUAGGAACAAGAUCAAUUCGACAUCAAAAACAGUACAACUAGUACAUGACGACGACCCCGACUAUGUUCCUCACGGCCGCAUAUAUCGGAACGCCCACGCCUUUCAUAGGAGCUACCUAUUAAUGGAGAAGCUGUUCAAGAUAUACGUAUACGAAGAAGGAGAGGUCCCACUGUUUCAUAAUGGUCCAUGCAAGAGCAUAUAUUCCUCAGAAGGAAGGUUCAUUCAUGAAAUGGAGAUGGGCAAAUUGUACAGAACAAAAGACCCAGAUGAAGCUCACGUUUACUUCAUUCCAGUAAGUGUGGUCAAUCUGGUUCAGUACCUGUAUGUCCCCGAUUCAAAAGAUCUAGAUCCGAUGAAGCGAGCCAUCGUCGACUACGUUAAAGUCAUUGCUGAUAGGCAUCCUUUCUGGAAUAGAAGCCUUGGUGCUGAUCAUUUCAUGCUUUCAUGUCAUGACUGGGGGCCAACCACGUCAUCCUUUGUUCCAAAUUUGUUCCACAGGUCCAUUAGGGUUCUUUGCAAUGCCAAUACUUCCGAAGGAUUUAAUCCAUCAAAAGAUGCGUCGUUUCCCGAAAUUAAUCUUCUAACAGGUGAAAUCUCAAGUCUAGGUGGUCAGCCUCCAUCGACUCGAACUGUCCUCGCCUUUUUCGCCGGUCGUCUUCAUGGCCACAUUAGGUACCUCCUUUUAAACGAAUGGAAAGGCAAAGACCAAGAUGUCCAAGUCUAUGAUGCGCUCCCAAAGAAAGUGUCCUAUGAAAAAAAGUUGAAAAGUAGCAAGUUUUGCUUGUGCCCAAGUGGGUAUGAAGUGGCAAGUCCAAGAGUGGUGGAAGCAAUCUAUGCCGAGUGUGUUCCGGUGUUGAUUUCAGAUGCUUAUGUCCCACCUUUCAGUGAUGUUUUGAAUUGGAAGUCAUUUUCUGUUCAAAUAGAUGUGAAGAACAUAUCGGAUAUCAAGAACAUAUUGAUGGGGAUAUCUCAUAGGCAGUACCUAAGAAUGCAAAGGAAUGUGAAACAAGUGCAACGACAUUUUGUGGUGAAUGGACCUCCUAGGAGAUAUGAUGUUUUCCACAUGAUUGUUCACUCUAUUUGGCUUAGAAGGUUAAAUAUUCGCGUUCAUGAUUUUCGGAACCAAUAAAUUAUAACGAGCUAUUAUAUAUCUUGCAAAAAUUCUUA